AUGAAAAGAAAGCAAGGAAUCCUCAGUGCCCUUCCAGACCAGGAAGACAUCGUCUAUCUGAACUGUAUCCUGCAAAGUGUAAAUUUUAUCACUUCUUCUGGAGACAAGAUUUACUUUAAACCCAGCAAACAGGUACCGACACGUUUUGAUCUCCUGAAAUACAUCUACACAUCUAGAAUGAAAGUGUCAAAGGUGAAGGUUGGAAGUUACGAUGAAACAUCUACUGCAGGAUUUCCAUUCAACAGCCUUGAAAAGUCUGAUGUGUGGGGCCCAUAUUUCCAACAGGCGCCUCCAUCACUCUGCAAUGAAGCUUGUGAACCUGGGUACAGGAUGGCAAAGAGAGAAGGGGAACCUCCAUGUUGUUACGACUGUGUACAGUGCACCAAGGGAGAAAUGUCCAAUACAACAGACUCCCGGAGCUGCUGGAAAUGUUCCAGGUUUGAAAAUUCAAAUAUUAACAGGACCGGCUGUGUCCCCAAAGAUGUCGAUUUCCUUUCCUAUGGAGAAACUUUAGGAGGAACUUUGACAAGUGUCUCUUUACUAUUUUCAAUUGUUACAAGUGUCAUCCUUGGAAUAUUUUGGACGUAUCGAGAGACUCCAAUAGUAAAAGCCAACAAUCGGAAGCUCAGCUACGUUCUCCUCAUCUCCAUCACCCUCUGCUUCAUGUGCACGCUGCUGUUUAUUGGUCGGCCAUCACCAAUACGAUGUCUUCUCAGACAAGCUGCAUUUGGAGUUGUCUUCACCGUCUCUGUUUCUUCUGUAUUGGCUAAAACUCUGACAGUCAUCAUGGCCUUCAAGGCGACCCGGCCAGGGAGCAGGAUGAAGAGACUCUUAGGAAUGAGGUUACCUGACACAUUAGUUGUCCUGUGCUCUAUGGGGGAAGUGCUGCUGUCAGUCAUCUGGAUCAUGUUCUAUCCGCCAUAUCUAGAUGCUGACACAGAGACGGACACUAUUCUCUUGUUGUGUAAUGAAGGGUCAUCCACUUUCUUCUUUUUGGAAAUUGGCUACAUCGGGAUGUUGGCCCUGAUUUCUCUGGGGGCCGCAUUUCUGGCCAAGGAUUUCCCGGACCGUUUUAAUGAAGCCAAGAACAUCUCCUUCAGUAUUCUCGUAUUCAGCAGCGUGUGGGUGACAUUUGUCCCCACGUAUCUCAGUGUAAAGGGGAAGAACAUGGUGGCGGUGGAGGUUUUUGCCAUCUUGACCUCCAGUGCAGGACUAUUGAGUUUUAUUUUUCUACCAAAGUGUUAUGUCAUCUUUAUUAGCCCAAAACAGUUCAUAAGAAGAUCUAGAGAGCAUCUCCAUUGACCUGCCUACAGAUUUGGCAAAUAAAUUCUCCAAAACUCCAUAAUAAUUUGCUAUGGUAAUAACUUCCUGCUCCCAGUUAUAGUAAAAGCUUUGAAUCCCAAAUG